AUUAAAUGAGAAUUCAACAGUUGUUGAUGUUGGUGGUGGAAAUGGCGGAACGUUAGUAAAAUUAUUAAGUAAAUAUAAAAAAACGAAAGGAAUCAUUUUUGAUCUUCCUAUAGUGAUCGAACAUACUCAAAAGGUAAUGAAGGAAAAUAUACAUAAGGAACUUUCAGACCGGGUUGAAUUUUAUCCGGGCAGCUUCUUUGUGGAUCCACCACCAAAAGCGGACGUUUAUUAUUUAAGAUGGAUUUUACAUGAUUGGAGUGACACAUCGGCCGUUAAAAUUCUUAAAAAUCUUCGAUCAGCGAUUUCUCCUUCAGAUGUUCCGACAAAAUUAGUUUUAUUAGAAAUAAUUAUGGACGAACCAAUUCGUGACGAUUUCUUUACUCAAAUGGAUUUAGCGAUGUUAUGCACCGUUUUUGGUAAAGAACGCACAACACAAGAAUUUAUUAAGAUUUUAAAGAAAAGUGGAUGGAAAUAUGUUAAACACGUAAAUUCUAGAGGUUAUAUUAGCGUUAUUGAAGCC